AUGUCUAUCGAAGGAGAUGAACCCGUAAUUCAAACUGAGGACGAAGUUAAUGAAAGUUCAGUCCCUAGUUCAAAAAGAACAAAAACUUCUAUGGCUUGGGAAUGUUUUGAAAAGUUUUUUGAUGAUAAAGGACUCCCAAAGGCAAAAUGCAAAAAUUGUGAUAAAAUUUACGUGGCUAGAGAUGGUGGUGGCACUUUAAAUUUGAUAAAACAUUCGCUGAAAUAUGAUGGAAGAGGGAAUGGAUCUUCUUAUCCUCCACUUGAUCAAGAAAAGUAUAGGGAAAAGAUUUCUGAGGUAAUCGUCAAACACAAUUAUCCUUUUACUUUUGUCGAACAUGAAGGGAUAGUUGACUUACUCUAUUUUUUGCACCCUGAUGUUAAGUCAAUUUCUAGAAACACUGCAAAGUCCGAUGUUCUUAAGGUGUAUAGAAAAGAAAAAGAAAAAUUAAAAUCCUAUUUAUAG